GGCGCCGCGGCAGUCAAUACAAGACCGUCCGCGUUACGGUACAGACCUCAUCGUCAUCGUCGCCGCUGCCGUCGUCGUCGUCGUCGGUCGCCGCGUAACGUUGUGCAGCUGUCGUGCGUUCGUGUGCGGCAAGUGCACGGGUGCAGUGUCUGUCGUCUCAUAACGACACUAACAAUACAAUAUUUAAUUGACAAAUCGGUUCCGGAGAAUCGGUGUGUGACCGGAAGUGUCUCGAACACCGCUUCCGCCGCGGUGUAUGUUAUUGUUUUUAUUCGAGUUUUCUCGAACGCGCCUCUUCCGCGGACCGUCACGAAAAUCUCGCUAGAGUAUACUUGUUAUAAGACAUUUCAUAGCAUCGCAUUUCUCUGUCGUAUGGUUUGUUGACACUUUUAUAUUCGCGAGGCUGUCAUGUGGCCGGAAGACCCACCGCUAAGUUCUGUCUUCACGUCGUCGUCGCCAUCCGACGACCGCAGACAACCAUCGUGUUAGACUUUCGAGUCCGUCGCCGCGGAUUUUUGUCGUCUGCGGCUCACGGUCCGCUGCCAUGCGACCGUCGCCAGACCGCCGGCUUCGCAUCGCCGCCGCCGUCGUCGCGGUCUUCGGCCUGGCUGUUUAUGCGCCCGCAGACGUCCUGUGCGGACGGGCACCUCGGAUCGUCGAACAUCCCACCGACAUGUCGGUCGGUCUGCACGAGCCGGCCACGCUCAACUGCAAGUCCGAUGGUCAGCCGCAACCGGAAGUCCGGUGGUACCGGGACGGACGUCCCGUGGACGUAGCAACCAGCGUCCGCAAGGCCCUGUUGCCGGAUGGGUCACUGUUGUUCCUGGAGGCGUCGCAGGGCAAGCGCGACUCGGACUCCGGUACGUACUGGUGCAUCGCCCACAACGCUUUCGGCGAGGCCGUCAGCAGAAAAGCCAACCUGGUCGUCACAUAUUUGAAACAGGACUUUCGAGUGCAGCCCAAGGACGUGAAUCCGGCGUCCGGUGACACAGCCAUCAUGGAAUGCGACCCGCCCAAAGGACAUCCCGAACCAUCGGUGGCGUGGCACAAAAACGGUCAAGCGAUGCCAGUCGACGACAAAAAAAGAUGGUACAUUGAAGAUAAUGGAAAUUUGAUCAUUCGAGACGUUAACUCCGAAGACGACGGUUCUUAUACAUGUGUUGCCACCAAUUUAGCAGGAGUCAGGAAAUCCAAACCGAUUUUGUUGGCAACUCAGAUACGCCCGUACAUGAUACAAGCUCCGAAGGACACUAUAGCCAUGGCUGGUUCCAGUGUACAGUUGCAGUGUAAAAUCGGCGGGACUCCUCAACCAGAAGUGUUCUGGAAAAAAAUAUCGAACACCGGGGUCGCACAACACAUAAGGACUAGCCAUUAUAGGAAUGAGAAGCUUUCCGGGGACAGGGACACGUUCGAGCACGUUUACAUAACGCAAGACGGCAGUUUGAGAUUAGACAACGUGAGUCCGGAAGACGAAGGGAAGUACGUGUGUCACGCAGAAAAUCACCAGGGCAAAGUAAACGCUGCGUCUUCCCUCACUGUGCACUCUGUCCCGUUAAUCGCCCAAAGGCCUGCAGACACACACGUAUCGGCCGGCAGCAAUGCGGUAUUCGAGUGCGGUGUCCGGGGUAAUCCCAGACCGACGAUUUUCUGGUCCUUACAGGACAACGACACCGUGCUAUUCCCCGAGGAGAGCUGGAACGAAUUUCACGCCGAAGACACUAAAGAUUCCGUUUCCACGCUGGUCGUACACAAUGUCAGGAAAGAACAGCACGAUCAGCUGGUGGUCAUGUGUUCAGCAAUUAACGAGGCGGGCUCGGACGAAUGGCGAGCCACUUUGACAGUGGCGGCGGCGGCGUACGACGAGUCCUUACCGCCGAUCAUCGAAUACGGACCCGCCAACCAGACGCUGCCGUACAGUUCGAUUGGUAAUCUCGUAUGCAAAGCGAUCGGCAAUCCACAACCCGUGAUCACGUGGUACAAGGACGAUUCACCUUUGUCGACGGAAAUCGCCAGGAUCAACAUCACCGAAUCCGGGACACUCCAAAUAAUGAAUUUACAAAAGAGCGACAAUGGUGUUUACACAUGCGUAGCGUCUUCUGUCAACGGGAAGGCCACGUGGAGUGCCGAACUCAAAAUGGAAUCGCCGAAAAAUCCUAACGUUGGAUUUUUCAGGUCACCGGACACGUCAACUUUCCCCAGUGCUCCGAGCACCCCAGUUGUUGUCAACCACACAGAUACGGCAGUCACAUUGUCGUGGGGCCGUAGCAGUAAAGUCGGAUCGUCACCGCUUCUCGGCUAUCAGGUGGAAAUGUUCGCUUGCACCGAGAACGUUGGAUGGGUGACGUUGGUCCGGAGACUUCACUCGACUCACUACACCCAGUCGUUCUUAAAACCUGGCCAAUCUUACUUGUUUGUGGUGCGCGCCGAAAACUCACACGGCCUCUCCGCGCCUAGCCAUCUGUCCAACCGCAUCACAUUGCCCACAGAAUACCGUCAGAGCGUAUCGUUUUCCCACGAUAUGUCCAUCGCCAAGUCUACUCUGUUUGGCGGACAUAUCGUAGACCUCAUCGACAUCAAGACGGUCAGUUCGACUUCGAUAAAACUUUUCUGGGAGAUUCUCAACGGAGAGUUUUUGGAAGGUUUUUAUCUAUACUAUCGUAGCAAGAACAUGACCGGCCAAAAUGCCACGUUCAUGAAAACCUUGUCGAACGCCACUGAACUGUCCGGAGCGUACGUGAUCAACUCGCUUCAUCCGUCGGUCACAUAUCUGUUUUUCUUGGUGCCGUACUAUAGACACAUCAAAGGUCGACCGUCUAAUUCAAGAACCGCAAAAACUCACGAAGACUGCCCGUCUGGAGCACCUCAACACGUCGAACCAACAGCAUACAACUCCAGUGCGGUUUACUUGAAGUGGAAUCCACCACCAGACAACUCGCACAACGGUGUCAUCACCAGUUACCAGGUAGUAAUUCAAGGCGGUGCCAGUUGGGACGUGCUGAGCAACGUGACGGUCAGUGCCAGUACACCCACUCUGCUUCUGACCAACCUAACGUCUGGUGUGCGGUACAAAGUCAUGAUCGCUGCCGCGACGAAAAUCGGUUUCGGCCCGUACACGGAUUCCAUCAUAUUGCCGACGGACUCUAUGAAUCAAAUAAAUCAAUUUAACGACGCAGUCAUUGAUCACGAAGAAAUCAAAGAAUUCGUUGCUGAACCGUGGUUUAUACUGUUGUUGGCUGGAGUGAUAACGCUAAUGGUCAUAUUACUAGCCGCCGUGCUUUUCGUCAGAUACCGUCAGUUGGGUGCUAAAAAGUCACACUUAGGAGAUUCAUUAAACCCUGCCAACAAACUGUCUUAUUCCUCUGGUUUCAAAACUACUCUGGACGUGUCUCACCGAGGACAGGUAGCUUCGUUUUUGCAAUCAGAACACAGCGUGUCAAACAGUCAACGGUGUCUAUUCAUCGACGCCAACUCGUGUCAUAAGCCAAAUUGGAUGCAUCAUGACAUCGAUAGUAACGAAAAAGAUUCUAGCCAACAGCUUUUGCCGGAAAUCGCCGACUAUGCAGAAGUGAAUCCGAAUACGAUGAGUACAUUUUUAAAGGAUCGUGAACUGUCGUCGCCGGCCCCUUACGCGACCACCACACUGGUGUCGAACUCGAGUUCUAGAAAUAUGAGACGCAAUUCCGAUGAUACAGCUUACGCUUCAGCCAAUAUUUAUAACCGUAAUCAGAACGUCUAUUCUGAAAGUGGGUAUAGCUGUUGUUCGAGUAAUAACGACUGCCAGGGCUGCGCAGACGAUUGUGGGAGCAUGCAAGGCGUUCCCGUGUCAGUCGUUCUUAGCGGUUGUGGCCGGAAAACGUUCAGCGAAGUGUCUCACCACAGCAACAAAAGCGGUUCGAGGUUCAAUAAUUAUCCGCCUUAUUCGUCUAGGCAGCGAGCCCUGAUGCGCACCACGUGUUCGUCCAACGGAUAUCACUACGUGGACCCGACGAUCAUCGGGCCGAUGACCAACAGCUACGCCAACGGCUACGGCCGAGACUGCUCGCCGCCGGACGUGGUCGGUCAGCAACAGAGGUCGCCGUGCUACACUGAGGCGGGAGCCGUCGUCGGCAGCGCGCAAAACAUCUCGUGAACGUUUUUUUCGACCGAUUUUCGUUCAAAACAGAAAGCCCCUUGCGGCGGAAUCGCGUUUACUCGACAUCACGAAAGUAUAUAAUAUUAUUGUUGUGAUGUUUUGGGGUGUAUAUAAAAAAAAAAUAUAUAUAUACAUACCUUUGCGUCGUAAUGUUAUGUGUGUUUGUCACGCUCGCCGUCGAUCGGUGUCGUCCGGGGGUGAUUCCGGCCUCCGUUAAAAAUAAUAUUAUAUACCUAUUAUUAUUAUUAUUAUGUCGUCGUCGUGACGAAAAGUGUUACUUAUAACCUACUCACCUCGUUUCGACCGUUUCUCAAACCGCAACGAUAAUAGAGUGUACCGUCGUCGUGUCGUACUUUUAUUGACACCCACCCCGUCGAACACAAACCCCCCCACCCACCACUGAUUCAAGUACGCCCAGAGCCGCGAAACAUAUCAUUACAUCAUUCGCCCGUUUCCGACCUAUACAUAAUAAUACGAGUCUCUACUUUUCGGCGUCUUAACGGUUAUAAUAAGUGUUUAUAUUAUUAUUGAUGCUGUCCGCGACGACAACCACGGUUUCCGAACGAAAUGAUAUUUUGUAUUACUGUGCUGUACUCGUCGUCGACGGUUUAAUAUUGUAUUACUAUAUAUUAUAUUAUACGAUUGCCUGUAUUAUUAUAUAUUAUUAUUGUGUAACGUAAUGAAAAAAUUUCGAGAAAACGUUAUUACACUAUUUACGCGCGUAUACGACGGAAUAUUGUGCCGGUUAGACUCCCGACGCGUUUAUGUAAAUCUAUAAUAGUGCCAAUGUAUAUUUUGUAUUUCAACUGUACGUGUAAAUUUUAAAUAAAACCUUCCAUUUGUUAUUUAUAAAAUUUAA